AUGCCGUUGGACUAUGAUAAGCUCAUUUCUCAAGAGUAUAGGCGCAGGCCAAAACCUGCGAUCCGUUCGCUUUUGUCUCUAGAAAAGAAGCCUGAUAUGAUUUCAUUUCUGGCCGGCAAGCCCAACCCUGAACGUUUUCCUUUUGAAUCGAUCACUGUGCGACUGAAAUCUUCCGCAGUCGAGUCCUCUGAUCCUUCGACGGGUGAGCCUACCGAAUUGGUCGUUGAUGGAGACACAUUAGAGCGUGUACUCCAGUAUGGAUCCACCAGUGGUGAUCCUUUGUUUGAUGAAGCGCUGAAUGACAUUGUGUCUGUGGUGCACGGCCGCACCCGCCACGAUGGCACGCCUGCAGGAGACUUUGAUAUUGCCAUCGGCACGGGCUCUCAGGACCUCCUGGCCAAGGCUAGCCUCGCCUUGUUUGAUAAAGGUGAUACAAUCCUUGUCGAGUCACCGAUGUACCCUGGGCUUUUGCCUGAUCUGGGCGCGCGUGGUAUCAAUGUCAUUAACGUGGAUACAGACAAGGAAGGUCUCUCUGCUGCGUCUCUGGCACAGGUGCUCGAUAGCUGGCACCAGUCUGAACGUACCAUGAAGCUACGUUUCCCCAAGGCUGUGUAUACGGUGCCCACAGGCGGUAACCCAUCUGGCACAACAGCCUCAACGGAACGCAAGCGCGCUAUCCUUCAAAUUGUUCGCAAGCAUAGCGUACUCAUUCUAGAAGACGACCCCUACUAUUAUCUCUCGUUUGACGGCCUGGACAUGGACCCUACCACGCGACCUCGGCCACCCAGCUACUUUGCAUUAGAGAAGGAGGACAAUGAUCCCUGGGGGUAUGGAUAUGUAUUGCGGUUUGAGAGCUUCUCCAAGAUCCUCUCCGCCGGUAUGCGUCUCGGCUUUAUUGCUGGCCCCAAACCUAUCAUUGAAGCCGUGUCUGGGUAUAUGGCAUCCUCGAGCAUUCAUGCAUCCUCGCCCAUGCAGGUCAUAGCGGCAUUGCUGCUAAAACACUGGGGUAUAUCAGGUUUCCAAACUCAUGUGGAUGAGGUGGCUCGGCUGUAUCAGCACCGUCGCAACGUUUUCGAAUCGAAGCUUCAAUCGGUGUUGGGUGGCGAUGCAAGCCACCAAGGCGCCCUUGCCUCUUGGGUCACACCUGUGGCAGGCAUGUUCUUCUGGGUGAAGUUGCACUUGCCACCUGAGACCGACGCGCCUGAGGGCGAUUCAUCUCAAGUGAUUACCAAAAAUGCUGUGGACCACAAUGUGCUUGCAGUCCCAGGGCAGUCGUUUUAUGCAGGUGGCCGCAUUACGCCGUAUGUGCGCCUGAGCUUUAGUGUCAUCCCCGAGGAGAAGAUGGAGGAGGGCCUUCGGCGUUUGCGCAUGGCCAUCGAGGACACUUGGAAGGAGCACGGAUACAGCACCAUUCCUCCCAUGUAA